CUUCUCCAUCAUUCCCUUUCUUUUUCUCUCUCUUAUUUCAUGCAUUCACUGAACAAGCAGCAGCUUAGUAAUAGCAGCCGGAACUUCCUCCGACGGCCGGACGCCGGAAUGUGCGAUCCAACUACUAUGAUUAAAACCAAGAAUGCUCGCCGGAGACGGCUGAGAGUUCGUAAACUGAGGUACAAAUGGCAGAGGAAGGUGCACGCGUCAGAGGUAGGUGAGGGAAAUGAAUUAGGCGAUAAUGGAGUUUCCGAAUCAAAUUGUGAUGGAGUACUACUCUCUGAGAAGGAAUCGGAUUCGGCGUUGGAUUGUGGAGUGUACAGCGAGAUGUCGAUUAUAGGGCGGAGGAAGGAGAUGGAAGAUGAAGUGAGAGUGGAAUUGGGAUUGACGGCGAUUAAUGAUGAGAAGUACAAUUUCUUCGCCGUGUACGACGGACACGGCGGCGCUCAGGUGGCGCAGGUGUGCCGUGAGCGGUUGCAUCGGAUUGUGGCGGAGGAGAUUGUGGCUCGGGGAGAGAUGGAUGAGGCGGAGUGGGGGAGGUUGAUGGAGAGGUGCUUUGAGAGAAUGGACGACGAAGUGAAUAGCGGCGCCGCCGCGAUGAAGACGGUCGGCUCGGCGGUUGUUGCGGCGGUCAUCGGAAAUGAGGACGUGGUGGUGGCCAAUUGCGGCGAUUGUCGAGCCGUUUUGGCUAGGGAUGGAAUUGCGUUGGCCUUGUCUAACGAUCAUAAGCCUGGCAGAGCUGAUGAGUUGAAGAGAAUUGAAUCUGCCGGUGGGAGGGUCAUAAACUGGAAUGGCUACCGGGUGCUAGGAGUUCUUGCGACUUCAAGAUCCAUCGGUGAUGAAUAUCUCAAACCAUUUGUUAUCUCCAAACCAGAAGUGACUGUUACCAAGCGAACUGACAACGAUGAGUUCCUCAUACUAGGAAGUGAUGGCCUGUGGGAUGUUGUUUCGAAUGAAAUUGCCUGCAACAUAGUGAGGAGAUGUUUUGGAGGCAAAUUAAAGAGGGUUUCAUUAAAGGUAGCAAACGACAGCCAUGUUGCUGAAGCUGCAGCAGUGUUGGCGGAGCUUGCGGUGGCUCGUGGAAGUAAGGACAACAUUAGUGUAAUAGUAGUAGAUUUGAGGAAACCAAACCGUUCCUCUCCAUGAUGCAGCACAUAUAUAUCUUUCAACUUCUGCUUGCUGCCAUCCAUAGCAUUACCGGAAUCCAACGGUUUCAUGGUUUCGUGUAGACUUUUUCAACUCAACUCUACUACAAGCUUUCCGUGGAUUCAUUUUGACUGUGGAUAGAGGUAAUUCUAUGGCAAUCAUAUGCUAAAAUUGGCCGUAGAACCAAGUAACCGCAAUGAUAAUUAUAUAACAUCUAAUUCAUUUUCUUUAUAACUGGUUCUUCAAUGCAUAUCUUACAUCGAGUGGAUGUGCCUUUUUCCUAUGUUUGAGAAUCUCUGUAAGACGAUCUUUUUCUCAACCCAAUGGCUUUUAAGUUCUACCGAAUGAUAUUACUUGUCUUUCCAUUGCUAUAUUCUAGUACAGCAGCCAGCCUCAUUUUCCUUGGUUACAUUGAAGGGAAAAAAUGGUAAUCAAGAUUUACGUGAUGUACACACACUCGACUCGUAUGUAACAAACUAUGGAGGCUAGACUAUGACAAGUCGUAUAUCUCUUUAAUGGAGACUAGAAUAUGAAUAUGAUAAGUAGUGUAUCUCUUUAUUCCUUCAAUUUAAUCUUCAAGAUUUAUGAGUUUAUAGAAGAAAAAAAAAACAUAGCUCAAUUGCCAUCUGCAAUCAAGUGUGCAUCUAGUGUGUCUUAUCAACCUCGAAGUCAGAGGUUUGAUCUCUCCACCUCACAUAUUGUCAAAAGAGAAAAAAUAUUUUACGUGUUUAUAUAUCCUUAAUUAUGUUUAAUUA